AUGCCACUUAAGAGACAAUAUACCGCCGUAAUACGAUCCAUGGAAGCUAAGGUUGAAGCGUUGGAGAACAAGCUAGCUGACAUUCGAUCUUCAGUUACAGCGGUGGAAAACGCCGUCAAAGAUAUGCCGGCUGCACUCAUGGCGAUGCUGGAGAAAUCUCUAGUAAGAUCGAUUCAAGUUAGCGAAACCAGUGUUCAGGUCCAGAAGGGGGUAGGAGUUUCUGAAAAAUCGUCGGAGACGAUGAGGGAGAUGACCGGAGUAGGAAGUUCUAGUAAGGUGGAACUACCGUCGUUUGAUGGUAACGACCCUGCUGGGUGGAUAUCGCGAGCGGAGGUAUAUUUCAGAGUACACGACACACCACCGGAGGUCAAAGUCAGUUUGGCUCAGCCGUGUAUGGAUGGUUCUACCACUCAUUUCUUCAACUCUAUUGUGGAUGAAGAUAGAUCUCUGACAUGGGAAGGUUUGAAAGAUGUGUUGCUUGAGCGCUAUGGUGGAAACGGUGAAGGUGACGUUUAUGAACAGCUCAUAGAUUUGCAUCAGGCCAUAUCAGUGUUAUCAAAUUGCGGUGCAAUGGUCGCUAUGGCAGAUAUACAUGGAGGUUUUUGA